AUGCCAGGAACAACGAUCUCCGAACGCUCCUCUCGCCCGUCUCCCAUGUCAAGUCCCUCAUGGCCUCCUCCACGCAACCCUCUCCCACCGCACAGACUCGCAAAACUAGCUAAUGCUCUCGGUGUGUCUACCCCGCUCCCUGCCGUACAUACCUAUGCGCCUUCGCCAUCGAUAUCCCCUCCUUUUCCCCACUCGUCCGCAUCUUCGUCAUUUCUUGACCAUUUCCGAAGCUCCCCCACGCCCUCUGCCGCAUCUGCCCAAACCUUCACGUCUCACUCUUCUACAAAGUUUCUUCUUCAUGUCGUCCCUCCUCUGCACUUGCCCCAUGAUUCUGACGCGUCUGAUGACCUGGAGCUGAGCCCGCCCCCGCCCACUGCGUCUGGAUAUCACGCCCAGUUCAAGCGUGGCGUUCUUGUCCCGGUGUGUCCCACUCUUUCAAGCCAGUUGGCUGCAAUUGCGAAGGAGUACGCGUUACCCAGCACAGCGGGCAUGUUACUAUAUCUGCUUGCAUCUACGCCGAGCCCGAAACGUAGUCAUGAUUCCGAGAAUGUCGACGCGCUCGAUGAGCCAGGUCCCAGGAUAUCAGAGGACAUAUGGCGGCAUAUAUGGUUACGCGUCGUGAAGGCCGAGAAGGACGAACCUGUGGUCACCAGUCGAAGGUCGUUCGGGCUGGGCAUUAGUCCCGCCACAGAAUCCUCGCCAAAUCUCCUGCAGGACGUGGUCUCGAAUAGCCUGCUCCCGGCGAUCCCGCCACGAAGAGCUGAGACCCCUCAAUCGCUGUCGGCAGUGACGCCCUCGCCUUCCACACCGUCAUACUCCGGCUUCUCUUUCCAGUCCGAGCUCGACACGCCCGAGUCAAUAACGUCCGUUUCCGCGCUCGGCGGGGCUGAUGCGCAGGCGGAGGACUUCCUCCUCCCGGGUCUGCACUCUCCUACGCUCAUCCCCGUCCUGGCGAAGGUGGAGUUCGACAUCGACCGCAGGAAGGCCGCAUGGUACGAGCCAUGGGCGCGGAGCAGGCGCAUCAACCACGCAAAGCGGGCGGAGAGCCGGGCGGGCGUGCGCAAGCGGUCCGGGUCUCGCGUUGACGGCGACGAGGGAGAGGACGAGGAUGUGCGCAAGGCUCCCCUUGACCUCGCGCUCGUGGACAAGGUCAGGCCGGGCAGCCCCACCCCUCAGUUUCUGCGGGACAGGCAGGCCGAGGCGGAGGAGAUCGAUACGGAGGGAGCGUACUCGCAGCUUCCUGAAUCUCCGGAGGAUGUUGAGUUUGGCGAUGAGACAGAUGACGACGAUCCAACUGCGCGGCUGAACGGGCUUCAAUAUGACCCGCUCGCUGAUGUCUUCGGUACGGAUGCGGAGACCUGGAUUCACGUUCAUACAGACUCGCAGACAGACAGGGAGAAGGAUCCGAACGUGGUCGACCUGGCAUUAAACGGCAGCGCUCUUGCCGCCGUCCCAGAAGAUCUCGAAGAUAGCAUGACAGAAGACAGGGACGAGGAGGAGGUAGCAGAGCUCUGGAAUAGGCAUUCUAAACCCUCGCUAGUGGUUUCAAUACCUGCUUCUCCGCCAUCUGCAAGCAGACUUCGGUCAUCGCUCACGACGGCGGGGACGAUCAAGAAACAGCCUCCACCGCCGUUGAACCUGAUGCCCUCCGCACAGGUCCUCGACCGCUCGCAUUUGCCAUACCUCGAUGGCGCAUCGCCUGCAACGUCCGAGUCGACAGAGUACAUGAAAGGCGGUGAUACGACACUUCUUGUUCCCCCAGAAGAUGAGGACAUGAUUGAGCUCAAGAAGAGUAGGAGCCCCGAAGAAGAAAAACGGGAUGGCGCCUUCUUCGAGGACCUCGAUCUCGGCCUGGAGUUUGACGAGAGCGACCCUCAUGACCGGCGGCGAAGCCAGGUUAUGAUGAAGGCCCAGCUCGACGAGAUCGAGAGGAACCUGGCUCAAUUCUCUCCUCAUCACUUGGGCACGGAAGAGCUGGCUGAGAGUCCACGGCGGCCCACCCAUUCGGCAUCCACACUGUCCCCACCGUCGCAGUGGAGAUCUCCUAGAUUGAAUGUACAGAACGCGGGGUCUCCUCCCCAGGGAAGUGCUAAGUUGCCAACCGAUGGCGCGUCCUGGCCCGCGGUGCCCUUCUCUGCACUGAGCGGGCGCGACGCGUCGCUGUCGCCCCCCACGAAUGCAGCGAAUCUGCCUCCUUCCCCACCCAAGUUUGCCUUCAACGGCAUCCCGACGGAGCCGCCGCGGUCGCCGUUCCAGCGGCGUACCCGCUCGGGCACGAUCUCCGAUGAAACGCUGGCGAGGCGGCGCGAGCAGGAGGAGGCGGCGCUAUACCCUCCGCUCGUAUCGCCACUUUUUCGACAGAGCAGCGGUGCGCAGUCGCCCGUGAUACCCCUCUCGCCGGACCCGUUUGGACGGUUUCCCUCUGAGGCAGAAGUAGUACGGCUGUCCGACGAGAAGCACCAGCAGCACGCGGCAGGACACUACGGCGAGCUCCCCCCGCUGCCGCAUAGUAGGAACUCAGCGUUUCGCGUGAACAGCCGCGAUCAGAAUGACCACGACAGAUCUGCCUCGCAGACCCCUUCGAGUCGGUUUUCCCUCGAUUCGGCCACGUCCGAGGAGGGGCCGAAGCCAUCAAAGACCGCGUCGAUCGUGAGCAUGAAGGGCAUUAAAAAGCUGUGGCGCAAGACUAACAACAAACUGUCGCUCUCGGGGUCUGCGACGCCCAUCGUGCCCGACUCAGGACGGUCAUCUCCAAAUACCAUGCCGACUGGGCACCUCCAGGACCAACCCCCAAGCCGCCCGAUGUCCAGGACUAUCUCGCGUUCCCCUCAGCCGGGCGACCACGUCAACGUAUCGAGCGAUGGUAUGCCAGUGCUGGUCAAGAAACGUAGGCCGUCAAUGCACAGUCUGCGUGUUGAGGUCGACGGCCGCUACCCUGUCCCAAGUCGCACGCCGCCUCUUGAUCUGUCACGAGGGCCCUCCCCACAGCUGCCGCCCGUCCCGUUGCGCACUUUCACGCCUGACUCAGCCAUGUCUUCGCCGAUGCCGCUGACGCCCAUACCCUCCCCCGUUCCGCCCGCGGAGAAGAACGGCAGCGUGCGCAAGUCGAUCCUCAAGUCGUGGAAGUCGGCGUCAGGCAGCCUCUCCGCGCAGUCGCUGCCCAGUGGGGGCCCACCGCACAACGGGGGCACAUUACACUCGGAAGCGUCGCAGCCGCCGGACGUGCUGAUGAAGCGCCGACGGCCGAGUAUUCUGGACGGCAUCGCGUCCGCGCGACGUGGCUCUGUAAUGUCGUCCUCGUCGGCGACGCUGGUCGACAUCCCACCGAGCCCUGCGCUACCUGAGCAGUUCGCGCACAUGCAAUCAUCGCGCUCGAGCAGCCGGCAGUCGCAGCUAGGCGAAAAGGAAAAGCGCACGUCUCCGCGUAAGCAGGGCAGCACGUCCUCGUCUGCGUCGUCGACGUCAUCGCCACCGCGCGCGUCGUCGCGCCUGAAUCCGGCAAGCUCGCCUCCGCGGCACGGUGCGGCGUUCGCAGCGCGCUCGUCGGUGGACUCGGGGGAGAGCCGGCUCGACGCGUCGCAGUUCGAGAUCGUGUCGCCAAAUCUCGACUCGUACGUGCUCGAGUCGACGCUGUCGUACCCGUACCAUGCGCUGGACCACUCGAUGACGUCUGUGGAGUGA